AUGGGUUCAGUUGGAGCAGAGGUAAUCUGCAAUGGUGGAAACGAGCACGAGGAAGCAGACAUUUUACAGAAAAAGGCUGAAAAGUGUCACCUCCCAGUGUGCGGAAUGGAACAGAUUCCUACCCAUGGGCUUAAUCAUGAUUCUGAUCUCCCUCCCAUCGGUGAUCAUUUGCCACAGGGGAAACCCCGCCUGGAGCCGAUCGCGAUCAUAGGCAUGGCUAUGAGACUUCCAGGAGGUAUAAGGUCUGGGGACGAUUUGUGGGAGCUUUUGCUCAGCAAAAAGGACGUUAGCUCUGAAGUGCCGAAAGAGCGUUAUAAUAUUGAUGCAUUUUACAAUGCUUCCCACUCCCGCAGUGUGAAAACUAGACGUGGGUUCUUCCUGAAAGACGACCUAGCGGAUGUCGACCCAUCCACGUUCGGGAUAUCAAGCACAGAAGCUGCCCAUAUGGACCCCCAGCAAAGGCUCCUCCUAGAGACUGUAUGGGAGUGCAUGGAAAAUGCAGGGCAGGUGGACUGGCAAGGCACUGGCAAGAAUAUUGGAUGUUAUGUUGGCACAUUCGGCGACGAUUGGCUGGAGAUGGCACUCAGGGAUCCUCUUUCAAUCAGCCGCCUACAUAUAUUCAGUAGCAAUGACUUCGCACUUGCUAAUCGAAUUUCAUAUCAAUAUGAUCUUUGGGGACCAAGCAUGACCAUCAAAACAGGUUGCUCGGCUUCUAUGAUUGGCUUACAUGAAGCCUGCCAGGCGGUAGCUUCAAACGAGUGCUCUUCUGCUAUAGUCGCCGGAUCGAGCCUUAUUAUGACACCGACUAUGACAGGAUGCAUGUCCGAUAACUAUGUUUUGUCUCCUGACGGUGAGUGCAAAACAUUUGACGCAGGUGCCAAUGGCUUUGCGCGCGGAGAAGCUACAAAUGCAGUCUUGAUCAAAAGGUUGGAUCAUGCACUCAAAGAUGGUGACCCCAUUCGUGCCGUGAUCCGAGCAACCUCCACCAAUUGUGAUGGAAGGACCCGUAAAAUGGCCGUCCCCAGCCCAGAUGCCCAACAGGCGCUCAUCCGGAAGACAUAUCAACAAGCCGGUGUUGAUCCGUCGCGAACGGGGCUAUUCGAAUGCCAUGGCACAGGGACUGCCGCCGGUGAUGUGGCAGAGACUGGGGCGAUUGCCAAUGUUUUUGGGCAGAAAGGAGUGGUCAUAGGAGCAGUAAAACCAAAUCUGGGCCACUCGGAAGGUGCCUCUGCCUUGAAUAGCGUAAUCAAGGCUGUUCUUGCGCUUGAACACAAGGCCAUUCCUCCGAAUGCUCGCUUCAAGACCCCAAACCCAAGGAUUCCCUUCAAAGAAGCCAACCUCAAGGUACCAGAGGAGUUGAUGCCAUGGCCUACUGGCCGUGAUGAACGCGUUAGCAUCAAUAGUUUUGGUAUUGGCGGUGCCAAUGCCCAUGCCAUUCUAGAAUCUGCUAGCACACAUUCUGUCAGGUUGUUAAGCAGUUCUGCGACGAAUCCUGGUACAGAGAGUUCUCCAAAGAUACUUACCCUUUCCGCGAUGAGUUUGAAUGCUCUUCAAAAACAGAUAAAAUGCCUGAAAGACUACUCUCAAAGUCAUAAACCUGCUCUUCAAGACUUAGCUUACACCCUGGGGACGCGACGCGAUUGUUGGCGGCAUAGAGCUUUUGCAAUUGUUUCUGGCGAUGUUCUAUCUGAGUUCCCUGACUUUCACUCCGGUCAUGCCCCGGCCAUGACUCCUGAGUCACUACCUUUUGUGUUCACCGGACAGGGAGCACACUGGUAUGGAAUGGGAAAAGAACUCUUGUUGAGGUCUGAAAGCUUCCGUGCCGAUAUUCAAGAAUUGGAUCGGGUACUUCAGGCACUUCCCGAUCCCCCGUCAUGGACCAUGGAGGAGAAGAUAUCCACUAGCGAGAAUACAUCAACCUGCCUCCAUGCCGAGUUCUCCCAGCCUUUGUGCACUGCCGUUCAGAUCGGAAUCGUCAACCUACUUGCCUCGUGGGAUGUUCAUCCAACGUCCGUCAUCGGCCACUCAAGUGGUGAGGUGGCUGCCGCUUAUGCCGCUAAAGCAGUCACCGCUGAAGUUGCGAUCACUACGGCAUACUAUCGUGGUCAGGCCGUUAAGCUCCAUGCAAAUCCAGGCGGUAUGCUUGCUGUUGGGUUAGGUCGAGCUGCCGUGGACAAAUACCUCGAAGACGGUAUUGACAUUGCCUGUGAAAAUAGUCCACAUAGUACGGUCCUCUCCGGUAACGAAAGCAUUUUGACUCGGGUUCUUGAUCGCAUCAACCACGAUCAGCCAGAUACUUUCGCUAGCCGUCUCGACGUGGAAACUGCAUAUCACUCACGUCUCAUGACGAAUGUUGGACAGGCAUUUGAAGAAAUGGUUGAAGGACGAGCUGGAUUCUCCACACCAUCCAUCCCAUUUUAUUCCACUGUCCUUGGCAGGGCUUUAAAUGAGUCUGAUCGGCUAGACAUUCGAUAUUGGAGGCAGAAUCUGGUGUCGACUGUGCUAUUUUCCACCGCAAUUUCAGCCGCCCUUGCCGAUAUGAGGGAGCAAACAAUGUGCUUCGUGGAAAUCGGCCCGCAUUGUCCUCUUGCUGCUGCACUGCGACAGAUAUUUCGCCAAUGCAAACCCAAGUCAACACCGCUUUACGUCUCAACUUUACACAAAGGGCAGGAUCAGAUGCUAAACAUGUUCCAAGCAGCUGGUCAGUUGUUCUUGAGCGGGAUACACAUCUCACUUUCGGUCGUGAAUGGUAGGGGUCUUGGGCAGGUGUUGACCAAUUUACCACCCUAUCCGUGGGACUAUUCUGCGAAGCGUUGGAGUGAAAACCGAAUAUCUAAGGCCUGGAGGCUCCGUGAGUUCCCUCAUCAUGAAAUUCUCGGCUCUCGCAUCCUGGAGUCCAAUGACCAAGAGCCAACAUGGCGCAAUAUCAUUCGUUUUGAUAAUACACCGUGGCUCAGCGACCAUAAGCUCUCGGGUCGUAUCGUUUUUCCCGGGGCUGGAUAUGUUGCAAUGGUUGGCGAAGCUAUCAGGCAGACAACAGGAGCUCCUGGUUAUCAGAUCCGAGAUAUGUUUAUUCGAAACGCAAUGUUUCUUGAUUAUGAAACCGACACGGAAAUCAUGACUGCUUUCAGGCCUCGGCGGCUGACUGAUGUUCUUGAUUCUGAUUGGUAUGAGUUUACCAUUUACUCGUAUAACGGAGCAGAAUGGCGGAAGAAUUGUACUGGACAAGCAAGUGCAGAGUAUUCUCAGCCAGUCACGGAAAGCAUCACUCCGUUCGUGCGCACAGUCGAUGCCUCAGUUUGGUACAGAAGCUUGAAACGAGUCGGGUUGGAAUUCGGUCACCACUUCCAGGGACUAGAAAAUAUUUCAGCAGAUCCUGUUGAGCGUGUGGCUGCCGCAGCUCUCACCAGCAGAGAGGAUCUAGGCACAAGUGACGCGUACGCAGUGCAUCCAACGCUCAUUGACAAGAGCCUUCAAUUGUUGUCCGUGGCUGCUACUCGUGGUAUGACUUGCUACCUUGAUCGAAUUGCGGUCCCCCUUUCGAUCAGGUCAGUGUCUGCUUGGCAUUGCGAAAACCGGCAAUUAUCUGCCAAGACUAGCUGUCUAAGCGUCCCGCACGGAGCAUAUGAAGGAGACACGGUCGUUGUGGACGCUGGUAACGAUCGAGUGGUCCUUGAUAUCAAGGGUGUAAGAUGCUUCACAAUGGAUGCAGAGAGUGUGACGGAUAGCUUGACCGAUAAAAAUUGGUCAGCUCGAGUCGAUUGGAGGCCUCAUAUUGAUUUCCUUCCAUCCUUGCAAGAUAUUCUGCCCCCUGCACCACCAAGGAUGGAGAAGGAAUGGAAUCUGCUUGAGCAAACGUUGGUAUUACUCCUCAUGAAGAUGUAUCGCCUGUGCAAGGGGAUUACGUCGAGUAUUCCGCACAUGGCGAAAUACAAAAGCUGGCUCGAAGCUCGCAUGAACCAGUUCAAAGAUGGGGGUCACAGCAUUGUCUCACAGACCCAAGAUUGGAUGAGGUUGGACCCGGAUCAGCAAGAAUCCAUCCUGACCUCGUUGACAAAGGAACUCAAGGAAUCUGGUACUGGUAUCUCGUUCUUUGCUAGUUUCGCACAAAGGGUUUCUGAAAAUGUCGUUAGUAUGUUCGAAGGAAAGACAAGCUCCCUCGAGAUUUUGAUGGAAGACAAUGGACUGGAGCAGUUCUAUGAUCAAAUGGUCUAUCCUGAAGACUACAAGAGCUUCCUUUCCACCAUGUGUCACUCGAGGGCCAACCUUAGAAUCCUGGAAAUUGGCGCAGGAACAGGAUCAAUGACAGCUGCCGCCCUGGAGUCUCUCACGGCUCCGGAAGGUGGCAAGAUGUUCUCUCAAUAUGUCUUCACAGAUAUAUCGCCCGGGUUUUUAACAGCGGCAAAGGACCGUUUCAAACAAAUUGAUGGCCUCGUGUUUCAGGUGUUGGACAUCUCCAAGGAUCCCGUGGACCAAGACUUUGGUCUUGCGUGCUUCGAUCUCAUAAUUUGCUCCAACGUUCUUCAUGCAACCCCAUCGCUUAAGCAAUCUCUCACCCAUGUUCGUAAACUCCUUUCCCCGGGUGGAUACCUUUUCCUCCAGGAAACCUGUCCGGAACUCAUUUUUGCCGAUGCGAUCAUGGGUCUUCUGCCCGGCUGGUGGAUUGGCGAAGGCGACCAACGUGCAUCUAAGCCCCAUGUGACCCCGGAAAGAUGGCAUCAAGAAUUGAGUGCUGCAGGCUUUACCGGAAUUGAGGCUGUCUCACAUGACAACAUCUGGCCGUAUCACUUCAAUGCAAACAUAAUAUCCAGGAUUACAGACACCCUCGUGUCCGAAAAGCAUGUUAGCCUGCUACAUACUGGUGUCAGAAGUGAUUCGUGUCUACUCUUUGAGAAGAUGCUUCUUAGUGCCGGAUACACAGUGGCUUGGUUCACCUUGAAUGGAAUUAGCACAGUUCAGUCUCCCGGGCAUGUGAUUUCACUUCUGGAUCUUGACGCGCCAUUUUUUGCUGAAAUGAAUGAGGAAGAAUUUCUGUCAUUCCGUCAGUUCAUUUCUGAAACUAGGCCAAAAUCCAUUCUCUGGAUAACGAGGCACAUUCAGCUAGAAUGUAAGGACCCGCGAUGGAGUCACGUUUUGGGACUUGGACGAACUUUACGGUUGGAGCUUUCGCUCCCAUUUGCAACAGUUGAAAUGGACUUUCUGGAUCAGAAACUCACGUCCUCUUUCCUUAAUGUUUUCGAAAGUUUCCAGUCAUCCAUCAAUUCCGGCUCAGAGCCAGAUUAUGAGUAUUCCAUUCAGGGGGAAAGGGUCUACACAUCCCGUUAUUAUCCCACUCUACUGGAUUUGUCUCAAGACGGCGAAGUCAUAGAGCCUAAUAUGACACCUAAGAGACUUACGAUCGGGACAUCCGGACUAUUGGACUCUCUUCACUGGAUCCCGACAGAGAGAAUAGCUCCUGGUGUCGGCGAGGUUGAGGUUGAGAUAAGAUACGUUGGUUUGAACUUCAGAGAUAUGAUGAACGCGAUGGGGUUUGUUGGCCAAAAGGAUCAGUUCGGAUUUGAAGCAACGGGAAUCAUUCGAGCACUGGGGCCUUCUCCUCACCAGCAGGAAUUUAACGUGGGCGACCGGGUUUCCAUUUUUGGUCCUUCCCUUCUGCGUACCACAUUGAUUGCGAAAAGCUCGCAUUGUUUCCACCUGCCAUUGGAUAUCUCACUCGAGGAUGCUGCCACCAUUCCCAGUGUAUAUUCCACAGUGAUGUAUUCUCUUGUCACCAUUGGUCGCGUCCAGCACGGCCAGUCCGUAUUGAUUCAUUCCGCUUGUGGUGGAGUCGGAUUGGCAGCAAUUCAGCUUUGUCAAGCAAUCGGCGCAGAGAUAUUUGCGACUGUUGGAAGUGAUGAGAAAGUACGAUACCUCAUCAACAAUCAUAACAUUCCUGCGAAUCGUAUAUUUCACUCCCGCAGCGCAGCAUUCAAAGAUCAAAUCCUCCGCGAAACAAAGGGUAUGGGUGUAGACUUCGUGCUCAACUCUUUGUCAGGAGAAAGCCUUCAUGCCUCCUGGGAGUGUGUAGCGGAGUAUGGAAUGAUGCUUGAAAUUGGAAAGAGGGACAUGUUGGGCCGCGGAAAACUCAAUAUGGAUCUUUUUGAAGCUAACAGAACUUUUGUCGGCGUCGAUAUAGAGCGACUUGGUUCACAAAGACCGGAUGAGUUCAAAAGAACGCUGGAGCUCGUAUUUCAAUAUAUUCGAGAGGGAAGGAUCCAGCCAAUUAGACCAAAGAAUGUUUUUGAUGCUGUUGAUGUGCAGGCUGCCUUCAAAUUCAUGCGGACUGGCCAGCACAUUGGAAAGAUUGUCGUCAAAUUUCCUGACGACGCAGCUCAUCUCCCCGUCUCUAUUGCCAAGCAAGAAUCUCUUUCGUUUUCACCGAAUGUAUCCUAUCUCCUCGUCGGUGGGCUUGGAGGUCUUGGAGCUUCGAUUUCACGGUGGAUGGUCGAGAAUGGAGCCAGGAAUCUCAUUUAUCUCUCACGAUCUGCCGGGGAAACAGACAAAAGCAAGGCACUUUUCCGUGAGCUUGAGCACAUGGGGUGUUCUAUCAAGGCGGUUGCUGGUAGCGUUGUGAGCUCUAGUGAAGUGGAAAAAGCAAUUUCCUUCUGCUCAAAGCCACUUGGCGGUGUCAUUCAGAUGGCAAUGAGCUUGAAGGAUCAAAUCUUUUCGAAAAUGACUCAUGAAGAUUGGGUGACGGCCACCUCACCAAAGGUAGAGGGAACCUGGAACCUAUAUUCGGCAGUCAAGCAUCAGAAUAUUGACUUCUUCGUUGUGUUUGGCUCUGUCGUGGGUACAUGUGCGAAUAUCGGCCAAGCUAACUAUGCUGCCGCAAAUUGCUUCGUCGAGGCAUUCGCCAAGCACGUCCGGUCUACCGGGUUUCCAGCAUGCGCGAUUAACCUUGGCGGGGUUGAGGAUGUUGGCUAUGUCAGUUCCAAACCCGACCUGAUGCAAAAAGCUCGUGACAGCGGCAUCUACAUGAUGAACGAAAACGACCUUUUCAAGACAGUCCAAGCAGCGAUUGGCAAAGCGCGAGCCGUGCGAAAAUCCGAAAAGGAAGCCAACAAUGAGCACUCUAUCAUUGUUGGGCUUCAACCAGUUUGCUCGGAGUAUCACCGGGCGACUUAUCAAAGCGAGUCGCGAUUCUCACUGUUCUCCGUUGGAGACGCGCAAUCAGGCGCUAACCAACCAUCCGAUAUGGACUGUAUCAACCAAUUCAUCUCGGACAGCGAAAACGACCCUUCGAUUCUUGACCAACCGUCAUCUCUGGAGCUUAUAAUUGGAGAAAUAGGUCGUCUGGUCAACUCUCCGUCGGGUGAGAGUGACUCUUCUACUUCCGUUGCACAAACACCCAUUGAUUCUCUCAUGACAAUUGAAAUUCGAACCUGGUUGCGUAAGAGGGUGAGUAUCGAUAUCCCGACAAUACAGAUCAUAAAGGCAGGCAGCAUCGGGGGUCUUGGUCUACUUGUUAUUGCCGGAAUGCGUGUUAAAUAUGCCCCGAAUACCUUGAAACAGGGCAGUUCUGAGAGCAAGGAAUAG